CUGUCCACAGCUGCUAAAGUCCAAGAGCUCAGGAUGCGUCACUGCCUGUCUGCGUGGAAGUAGGAGAGGCCCUUGCAGGGCUAUAAAUACAGACGGGAAGGACAGAGCCGGAGCAGCAGCAGAACAAGGGCAACCGCUUCUCAGAGUCCUCCCAGCCUCGAAACAAACCCCACAACAGAGGAUGGAGCUGAAGGCAGCAGCCUUGGUCUUCGGUCUCUUGGCCAUUGCAGGGGCCCAGGCGGAUGUCAGUGCUGACCAGGUGGCUGACGUGGUGUGGAAAUACUUCACCCAACUGGGCAGCAAUGCCAAGGAGACAGUGGACCAGCUCCAGCAGUCAGACAUCAGUCAACAGUUCAACUCCCUUUUCCAGGGUGCCGGCGGCCUGCAGAGGCAGCUGAUCCCCUUUGCCACGGAUCUACACGCUCGGCUGGCUGAGGACUCUCGGAGGCUGAAGGAGCAGAUCCGCCAAGAGCUGCAGCAGCUGCAAGCUCAGCUGUCCCCUUUUGCCGACGACAUCCACCAGCAGAUCAGCAGGAACAUCCAGGAGCUGCAGACCAAGCUGAGCCCUUAUGCAGAGGAGCUGGGCAAGAAGGUGGAGAAGAACACAGCUGACCUGCAGCAGCAGCUGGUCGUCUUCAGGCAGCAGCUGCAGGCCAAGCUUGAUGAGAACAUCGGCAACCUCCGCACCUCCGUAGCCCCGUACGCCGACGAGCUGCAGCAGCAGAUCAGCCAGAAAGUGGAGGACACCAAAAUGCAGCUGGCCCCCUAUGCUGACGAGAUCAAGGCCAAGGUGGACGAGAGCGUGGAAGAACUGCACAGGAGCCUCAGCCCCUACGCCCAGGAGGCACAACAGCAACUGACCCGCCAGCUGGAGGGACUCUCCUUCCAGAUGAAGAAGAGUGCCGAGGAACUGCGGUCUCAGCUGUUGGAGCAGACCGAAGAGCUGCGCCUGCGGCUGAGUCCCUAUGCCAAGGAGCUGCAGGAGAAGCUGGAGGAAGGCAGGGCAGACCUGCGUGAGUCUCUGACCCUCUAUGCCCAAGGCCUGGACAGCAAGGUUGGAGAGCAGAUGGAAGAGUUCCGCCAGACUGUGACGCUCUACGGGCAGAACUUGAACCGGCUGCUGGUGCAGAACAUGGAGGAGAUGAGGCAGAAGCUGGAGCCCCACACGGGCAGCGUGGAGGACCAUCUCGUGUUCCUGGAGAAGGAUGUGAGGGACAGGCUCAACUCCUUUUUUGACAGCCUCAAGCAGCUUGGAAACUAGCGAGGAUCUUUUGUUUCCUACACAGCCCAUAAUAGUCAAAAGUCUAGCAUUUUCUGGAUCCAUCAUGGCUUCAGGGUUCCUACGUUUUGUUUCCUGCUUCCCACACUCCCAAAGGACAUGGAUGAGAAGUUAGCAGGAUUCGGGACUGUACAGUGGAGCGUAAUGGAGGCUUUUUGUCCCUGAAUCUGGUGGGGUGGGGGAGGGAUAUCUCGGUUGCUCUCUUGGUGCUCACCAUUUCCCUGC